AACAUAUCCAAUCCGAACACAUUCGAUAACAAACAAGUUUAACAUAUCCUUCUCUACAGGGAACUUGUGCAAAUUUUAGUGAAUAAUUUAUGUUCUGUUUAUUUGCAAAUUAGUGAAAUGUGGUGAAUAAUACAGAAAGCUACGAGUGCUAUAUAUUCAUUAAAUAUGUGUGCUAUUGGAAAAUAAAGUGGAAGGUACAUAGCACCCUCUAGUGGUGGACUUUGGGUAUCCAUUAGAAAAAGCUUGGUAAGGAAAUUGCUGUUUCCCAGUAGGCACAUGUAAAACUUAAUAAUAUUUAAUGCAGUAUUUUUGUAUGUUUUAAGUCUAAAAUCCAGAUAUUCAACCAAAUUAAUUUUUUUUAACUUUCUGUGACCCUCAGCUUGCUGUUCAUCUGGCUCGCCAAUAGCCCUGUUCAAUUCAGUUGCAUUACAUCAGUGCUCGGACUGAUCUCGAGUGCGACACGGAGCGGAGUGAGCUCUGAAGUGGGGAGGAUCUGAACGGCUGCGGGUGAAUGGACUGUUGAGGUAAAAGUGGCUUUGGUGUCUUCAUCGUUACUGACUGCGGACGAGCAUUCAUGGAAUUGGACUGCGACCGCGCGCAUCUACCUGUGUGAGUUAAAAAGACCCUCGUGAAUCUCUCUAUCUAUACAGACUCCGGAGCUCCUCGAUGGCGGACGCGGCUUCUCCGGAGCCCACUCUGGAUGUGGCCAUCGACCCGGACUUCGAGCCCCAAAAGCGUCCGAGGUCGUGCACGUGGCCGCUGCCCGAAUCCGUCUCAGUCAAGCCCGUAGCUGCCGAUACGGACAUCAUUCCAGAAGAGGAGGAUGAUGAGGAGGACGGAGGCGCGAUGGCCGUCAACGCGAGCAUCAGCGAUGGCGCGAGCAGCCCCGGUGCACCACCGGAGGCGAGCGCGAACGGAGGUCCGGCAACGCUGGGGGUACAGCAGCAGCAGCAAGCGGGGCAGCAGGGGCAACAGACGACCCCGCGCAAGUCGUCGUCUCGCCGGAACGCGUGGGGCAACCUGUCGUACGCGGACCUGAUCACCAAAGCCAUCGAAAGCACGCCGGACAAGAGGCUGACUCUGUCCCAGAUCUACGACUGGAUGGUCAGGAGCGUGCCCUAUUUCAAAGACAAAGGGGACAGCAACAGCUCUGCUGGCUGGAAGAAUUCCAUCCGGCACAACUUGUCCCUGCAUAGCCGCUUUGUCCGUGUUCAGAACGAAGGGACUGGAAAGAGCUCCUGGUGGAUGAUAAAUCCUGAAGGUGGGCGAGGCAAGGCACCACGUCGUCGUGCUGUUUCCAUGGACAAUGGAAACAAGUACACCAAGAGCGCCCGAGGGCGUGCAGCUAAAAAGAAAGCAGCAUUACAGGCUACCCAGGAGGGCUCACUAGAGAAUGUGUCCACAGGAGGGUUGUCCAAGUGGCCAGGAAGUCCAACGUCACGCAGCAGUGAUGAACUAGAUUCUUGUUGGACUGACUUUCGUUCACGAACUAACUCCAAUGCUAGCACAAUAAGUGGCCGUCUGUCACCCAUCCUGGCCAACCCAGAGUUAGAUGAAGUUCCAGAUGAUGAGGUUCCACCUCUUUCCCCAAUGCUCUACUCCAGUCCUAGUAGCCUCUCUCCUCCCUCUUCAUCCUCCUCAAACUCCAAACCAUGCCCAGCUGAGCUUCCAAGACUAGGCACCAUGAAUCUUAACGAUGGUCUUACUGAUAACCUCAUGGAUGAUCUGUUGGACAACAUAACUCUUGCUCAAUCAACACAGGCUGUUCAAGGGGGUUCUGCUUUCAGUUUUGGAAGCAGUAAUUCAUCCCCAAGCUCCUCUUCUUCCUCACCAAGUGGAGGGAGUAACGGUGGAGGAUUUGGUAAUUCCAUUUUUGGGCCCUCCAGCACAGGACUACGCCAGACACCCAUGCAGACCAUCCAGGAAAACAAGCAGGCAUCAUUCUCAAGCAUUUCUCACUUUGGGAAUGCUACACUUCAGGAGCUGCUGAACUCAGACUCACUAGGCUCCCACAGCCACAGUGAUGUCAUGAUGACACAGUCUGACCCACUCAUAUCACAAACCAGCGCAGCUGUCACUUCUCAGAGCUCCCGCCUCCGCAAUGGCCUCAUGCUACCCAACGAUCCCAUGAUGUCAUCAUUUAGCUCUGGACUCAAAGGUCAGAACAGCCUUCUCCAGAACAACCGACACCAUCAGCGUUCCAGCACCCAGGGCUUGUUGCACUCACUCCCCAAAAACAGCCUUCCAAGCCUGGCCAAUGAUGCUAAUAACAUAGCCUCUGCCAAGCAGCAUCUUCAGCAGCAAUCCAUGUUGCUGAGUGAGACUUCUCUUUACUCUGGGCUGAAUGGAGGCAGUGGAAUGGGGAUUGGUCUCUCUUCAGGAACAGAUCGCUUUCCCUCAGACUUGGACUUAGAUAUUUUCAACGGGAGUCUCGACUGUGAUGUGGAUUCCAUAAUUCGCUCAGACCUGAUGGAUUCUGAUGGACUGGAUUUUAACUUUGAUGCUUUGGUGCAAAAUGCAGUCAACCUCAACCCUGUUGGCAACUUCAAUGGGACAAAGCAGUCCAGUCAAACCUGGGUGCCUGGCUGAGAGUUGUCACAAUGGCCCAGAACUGCCGUGCAAAAAAUACACGAACAAAAUUCCAUCCAACACAGACUCUCGCCCUCCAUUGCCAAGCCUGCCAUCAGCAUAAACAAGCACUGGAUCAUAUGCCUGUUUACAGACUACAACUCUGGAGAAUCUUACCUUCAGUCCAGCAAACACACUAUCAUGAAAGAAUGACUGACUGCAAAGACCCACAUAGAAGUACUAGCCAGCUUACAGAUCCCCUACAGGCAAAGAAGAAAACUUCAAUCAGUGGUGAAAUUGUUUUACCACAAUAUGCAGGUCUAAGGAAAACCAUCUGUAUCAAAACCUUGUCUAGCUACAAAAUGUGUUUUGGAUGAAUGAAAAGUAAUGAGUCAAGACAGAAUUUCAAAAAAUGAGUUGUAUCUGUCAAAAACUAGUUUCUUGCUCUGUAUUCAAUACUUUCUACCACUUCUUUACUGUUUACGUGUCACAUGCUUGGUCAAUAGUGUCAUUCUCCAAGAUCUCACAAUAUAAUUAUUAAUCAAAAUGGUCAACAAAUAAGAAGACAAAAUCACAUUAAUCUUUAUACUCCAUAACCUUGCAAAUUUCUAAGCUAACACUCAGGUGGAGUAAUAUCUUGAAUUGGUGCACUUCAGGUUCUGCUUACAUUUUGAAUAUUGGUAGCAGCAUAAUCACUCUCCAAUUCGAACUAGUAGCCUAACACCAGUACUGAACAUUAUUGUAGCGCAAUAUAAUAGGACAAAUUACUUUUGUUUGUGUGUACUGUAUGUAACUAAAAAGAAGAAAAUGUCCAUGCUUCUAAAAUGAGAGCUCAGCUGGUGGAAGAAUGCUUUUUAGCCAGCAAAGCAAUGUGGGAUCUUUGGCAUAUAAAUGUAGCCAAAUUAAUGAAUAAAACUUGGAUUGUGAUCAUUUCCAUGCCAUACUGGGUGCUAAAUAAUCAGUGUUGAGCCUUGUUCUUGAUUGAGACCAUGUGUGUUUACAAGGCUUAAAGUACAGAGCAUUAACUGUUAGCAUUAGCAAUUAGCAUAUGGCAGCAUUCAGUGGUGGGUAGGCCUUCCCUCUGGAAGCCAUUUUUACUGAGCAAAAACAAUAAGCUAUCUUUUGUAUAUUUGCCAAAUUACUUGAACAUUUAGGAGAUGCUGGUAGCCAAAAUUAAGAGAAAACAUACAGAGUUGAAUUUAGGGACUUCUUGUCUCUAUAUGCAAACUACAUCACCAUGGCUCAGGGGUGAAAGGGGUCACCAUGACAACAUCAGGGCCCCCCGUUGAAAUCUAACUGCAACCUGGUUGUAUAAUUUGUUUGUAAGAUAAAAACAAAAGUGUUGCAGUAUGUGAACAUUUAUACAUCAUGCAAAAUCAAGGCAAGAGCAUGAAACAACAGGAAAUAAUUUUGUUGGUUUUUUUGUUUGUUUGUUUUUUCUUUUUUUCAGAGAGUGGUUGGGGCCAGGGAUGGUUUUGCCUCUCUGUUGAGAUUUUUUUUGUUUGUUUCAGAAAGGUCACCUAAUAUCAUAAUUGUGUAAAACCAUAAAAUCCCCAAUCUCUUAAUGUUCUAUAUCUUUCUUCCUCAGGAGUUAGCCUCCACUGCGUACAUCCAUGUAUGCAUGUAACUGUGCAUAUGCAUCGUGUGAAACGCAUAUAUAUGUAUACAUCCUGCUUAAAUUCAUGUAAUGUUGUGAUGAUGCAGUACCAGUUAUUUUUUGAAAGUUGAUGUAUUGAUGAGAAUAGUGUGGGCCUACCUAUUUAAGGGGUCUGGACCACUCAUAGGGAGGUCUCUUUCAAUCCCAGAUUGUAAAAUAUUCAGAAACUUCCUUCAUUAGUAGCUUUGAAGCCAGAGUAGCCUCUAAGCAUACAAGCUAGAGGUUGAAUGCUGUAUAAGUGUUGUGGGAAUGGAUAGUGUGUGCAUGGCUGGCAACACAAUCUUACAGUGCCAUCAGGGGUUUACAGCAUGAUCCCGCACCCUAACCCUGCUGUUCAGUUCAUACUCUUUUUACUUUACACAGACACACACCCAGUAAUGAUCUCAUGGAGUAUGGUCAAAUCCACAGAAAAAGCUGAUAUCUCAUAAUGCAAGGAGUAACUGACAUAUUGUUUGGGAAAUCCUUCACAGAGGACAACAGCACACCUAGAAUACCCCGAAACAAUCCAUAUUUUUCAUUGCUUUUAUUGUUGAAACUAGCCUUGCAUGCGUCCCUUCGUCCCCUUUUUCUCCACAGAAAAAAACCUGAUAAUUUAUAGACCACCUCAAUAUUUUAAAUAGAAAUGAAGCACGAGUGCUUGUCUCACUAUUUCAAUGCAGCUUUAAUGUCCUCAUAAAUCAAAGGUGUUAUAUACCCAUGCUGAGAAUCAGCAAUAUGAGUACCACUAUUCUAAUCACCCCCAUCUAUAGCCCUCUUUGUAUGUCUCCCACCCAUUAUCUUGGCCCCUAGACCUCUUGAUCCUGUAGUAACGGCUUCUCUUCUUGAUGUUAGUGGGUAUUUUUUUCUUGUGUACUCCAUUUUGAAUUGUAAUCUAGUUUGUAUAAGAAAUGGUGCGCAUGUAAAUAAAGCUUGAUUGAGCUGUA